CUGCUGAGAAAGAAAGAAAAAAAAGGUAACAAAGAUGAGUUUGGGAAUGGCGGAGAAGGAUUCAAGGAUCGAAAUAAGUCUACCUAGUGACAUUCACUGGGAGAAGCUAGAUAAAUCGAAGUUUUUCCUUCUCGGCGCAGCUUUGUUUUCAGGUGUUUCAACUACAUUAUACCCAAUUGUCGUGUUAAAAACACGACAACAAGUACUUGUAAAAGACACACCAUGUUUCAAGAUGGCGGUUUCUAUUCUACGACAUGAGGGGUUCAAGAGUUUAUAUAGAGGAUUUGGGACUUGUUUGAUUGGUACUAUUCCUGCUAGAGCUCUUUACAUGGGUGCUCUAGAAAUGACCAAGAGUAAUAUUGGUUGCACAACUUUAAAACUCGGGUUUUCUGAAACUAAAGCUGCAGCAUUCGCGAAUGCUGCAGCUGGUUUAAGUGCAGCUAUGGCUGCACAAUUGGUUUGGACACCUGUUGAUGUAGUUAGCCAAAGAUUAAUGGUCCAAAGUGGAAAAAGCGUCACCAAGAGCUUGGUAAAUAAUAAUCCUUCCGCCGUGUAUAAUGGAGGGGUUGAUGCUUUCCAAAAGAUUAUACGAAAAGAAGGUGUUAGGGGAUUAUAUAAGGGAUUUGGGAUUUCAAUUUUGACAUAUGCUCCGUCUAAUGCAGUGUGGUGGGGUUCUUACUCCAUAGCAUAUCGAUCGAUAUGGGGUAAUGUUCGUUCAUUCAGCUUAACGAAAGAGGAAAAAUGUGGUGGCCGUGGAAGAUUGUUUAGGCCGGAUUCAUCAGUGGCAGUAGUGGGGGUGCAAGGGCUAAGUGCCACAUUAGCAAGUGGGUUUUCGGCCUUAAUUACUAUGCCAUUGGAUACAAUCAAGACGAGAAUGCAAGUUUUAGGCGGCGAAUGUGGUGAUAAGAAGUUGAGUGUUGGGCAGGCAGUUAGGGAUUUGGUUAAAGAAGGCGGUUUGAGUGCUUGUUACAGAGGUUUGGGUCCAAGAUGGGCUUCAAUGUCUAUUUCCGCAACUACAAUGAUCACUACUUAUGAGUCACUCAAGAAAAUGUCUACUAAGAACCAAGGUUUCUAUGGGUACAUUUAGAUUUGCAGAAUAAGAAAAUGAUGUUAGUUACCUUUUAGGGACUUAUAUAAGUUAAUUAGAAGGCUGAAUUAGUGACAAAACUAUGAAGACCACUGAUUGUAAUUAAUUAAGGUCUUAAUAUGUAUAUAUGUUUAGUUAUAAUACUAGAUUUUAGACUCGUGUUUAACACUGGACACGGGGUUUACGAUAUAAUCAAUAUUAGAUCGUUAUACAUUUAGUU